CGACCCCGUUACAGCAUGUCGUUCCCGAACCUAAACCCAACACGCUAAAACCCCGACUCCCAAAAAUCAGAGAGUACGCAGCGCCACCGCACCGGAAUCUGUUAGUUAAUCGCCGAUAACUCUUCAUCGCCGUUCCGAUAACACCACAAGCCUUUGACGCUGCGAAUGAGAAGGUUCGCGUGGUUCACGCCGUAUCGGCGCCAUUUACUUUCGUCUCUGACUUCAGAAUCCCUCGUGGAUAAAGGAGAAUCAACCUUCACCAAAUUCUCGUCGUCUCGCCAAUCGUUUUUGCUCGCUCGAGCUUUGGUCAAUUGCGGGUUCGUCACGAAAACGGAGGAGUCCCGGAUUCCGAGAGUACCGUUAAGAUAUCGUUAUUUUCAUGCCACAGCAUUUUCUUCGUCAGCUGACCGAGACCAUUAUGGAACUCUUGGUGUUCCUGAAAAUGCCAGUCAGGAUGAGAUAAAGAAGGCAUUUCACUCGCUUGCUAAAAAGUACCAUCCAGAUGCAAAUAAGAAUAAUCCAUCUGCUAAGAGGAAAUUUCAAGAUAUAAGAGAAGCUUACGAGACAUUGAGAGACUCUAAAAAGAGAGCAGAGUAUGACAAGAUGCGUACUCGCGGUUCAGAAGACAUAGAAUAUGAUCGUGAUGAUGCAGAAAGGUUUAGAAAUGCUUAUCGUUCUCAUUUUUCUGAUUCAUUUCAUAAAGUAUUCUAUGAGAUAUUUGAAGAAGCAACAACUCAAUUCUCAUCAAAUAUAGAGGUGGAGUUGUCUCUUACUUUCUCAGAAGCAGCGGGAGGAUGCACCAAACAUGUGUCAUUUGAUGCAUUAGUUCCAUGCGAUCAUUGCAAUGGGCAGGGCUAUCCACUUGAUGCCAUCCCAAAAGUUUGUCCAACAUGCAGGGGCUCGGGUCGUGUUACAAUCCCCCCAUUUACGUCAACAUGCAUUACUUGUAAAGGAUCAGGCCGAAUCAUUAAGGACUCUUGUCUAACAUGUGGAGGAUCUGGGGCGGUUGAAGGGGUUAAAGAGGUUAAAGUUACAAUACCAGCAGGUGUGGAUUCAGGAGAUACAAUCCAUGUGCCAGAAGGUGGGAAUGCUGCUGGAAGUGGAGGUCGACCUGGAAGUUUAUACAUUAAAAUAAAGGUGACUGAGGAUUCAAUCUUUGUCAGAGAUGGUGCAGAUAUCUAUGUGGAUUCCAAUAUUAGCUUUACACAGGCUAUUCUUGGGGGCAAAGUUGAAGUGCCUACUUUAUCUGGGAAGAUGCAGUUAAAAAUACCCAAGGGUGUUCAACAUGGACAGCUUCUAGUAUUAAGAGGCAAAGGACUACCAAAGCAUGGAUUUCUUGUACAUCAUGGGGAUCAGUAUGUACGAUUCCGUGUUAACCUUCCCAUUGAAAUCAAUGAACGACAACGUGCUAUACUUGAAGAACUUGCAAAGGAGGAAAUAAAGGAGGGAAACAACUCUUCAUUUGAAGGAAAUUGGUGGCAGCAAAUUCUUGAACACACGAUGGGUCCAAAGUAUAUGCUGGAACUAUCUAUGCUGAUAUUAUUCCUUAUCUUCAUUAAAAAAGUGUUGAGCUGAUAACUUGGUCAAAGACCAAAUAUGAUUGCACGGCGGACUAGCCAAACACCAAAUAUCAUUGUGAUUGCUACAUUCUUCAUCCUUGCGAACCAUUCAAACAAUAAGGUGGUAUACUACUGAAUCUAUCUCAUUCACUAACUCUAUCUGUUAUGGGUAGAGUGGAGCAAGUAGCAACUGACAUCUGUGACGGACUACAGAAACAAACACUAUCACUGAAAGAUGCUAUUUCUUGGCGCCCAGUCAUUUUACAGGUUAACAAUCUUUCAAUGAAUAAAAUUGACAGUGAAACCACGGUGAAAAUCUAUUUCUUGAGAAUUCUUCUACAGUUUUACUGGUUUAUGCGAAGGUCGUCAUGAAUUACAUAUUAAAGAUGGGAACUUCCUAUGUAUAUUUUUUCACAUGACUUUUUAAAAUAUAUUUUAUAGAGCAUUUGAUGUUGUAAUUUACCCCGUUCCGGGGAUUUGGGGUUGGGGGUUGGUUUUCUUUAAUGUACUCUUUUGUGCUUCAAAUGAGGGCGAGCCCUGGUGCAGCGGUAAAGUUGUGCCUUGAUGACUUGUUGGUCAUGGGUUCCAAUCCGGAAACAGCCUCUUUGCAUAUGCAAGGGUAAGGCUGCGUACAAUAUCCCUCCCCCAUACCUUCGCAUAGCGAAGAGCCUCUGGACAAUGGGGUACGAAGUUUUUUACUCUUUUGUGCUUCAAAUCAUAUACCACCUUACUUUCUGGAAUUCAACGAAUAAUGACUGUGAGCUGCUACGCACUGAAUUUUUAUUAAUUGAAAGAAGAUAAUUUUGUAGGUUA